AUGGAUGUGUCAUCCACGAUUGCUACAUGGCUUUCCUUGGCUGUAACAUUUGUCGGUCUUGGUUCUAUCGUUAGCCAGUUCAGCGCUAUCGUGGAUCGAGCAGAUGAAUUCCAUGGCCUGCGAGACGUGCUGCAUUUAGGCAGCUGGUGGUAUCGACAGCCGCAUAUACCAUGGUACCAUAUUGUCAACCCACCCGUUGUUGGGCCUGUUAUCAGCGCAAACCUCUUGCAUGGGCUCUGCGGGAACAAUGUGGCAGCAUGGUCGGUUUUACUUGCAGUCAUCCACCCAGGCUCUCAAAUAAAUAACCAACACAAAUUAUUGAAAAAGCUUCCAAUUGAUGGCACUGUGAAGUUUGACCACAUAGUAACUAUUACAGAGGAGCCUUCCCAGACCCCCUCAACUGAAAGCUGGGCUGGCAUGCCGCUUCACCCUCUUGUAAGGCAUAAGCUGACCACUUGCACCGUGAUUUCGCGCGCGACGUUCAUGACACUACUCUGCCUAACAAAUGCACGACCGGUACUCUGUUAUAGCAGUGCUUCUGGUCAUCGAGCUGCUUACGCAUCCUACUGCGGACAAUGGCGGGUGGAAUGGCCCAUUGGAGACCUUGCACGUGUUUACUUUUGUGCGCAUGAUUUUCACGCCUCAGCAAAAGACUUAUAUCCGGCAAAGUUUCAGCAAAGAGUCGACAAGUGCCUUCAGAUGCUGGCUGGGGUGAUUGAAUCGCACACAUCAAAUACAUUUAAGUGUGCUUUUCCGGCACGCAAAUCAUCCGGUAAAUGGAUUCUUGAAUAUGCACCCAAAGGAUUCGGAGGUGCGCAUGGUGGAAGACAUCUUUAUAACAUGAUCGGUGGUAAAGUGAACGAGGUGGACUUCUUGCAAAUGAAGCCGAUGAAUACGGAAAUAGAAUCACCAGAAGACAUGGUGGUUCUUUCCUUGCCUAACAAAGUUUCUGGCGUCUGUGAUGUGACUUUGUACAUCGCAGAGCAUGAAUCGGCCGUGCUCAAUGAAGCCUUGGAUAAACUUCCUUGGACAUUCCUGUCAUGGUCAAUUCAUCGAGGGCUACGUGAUAUUCUUGUUGCUUUUGCAAGGGAAAGAAUGGAUUUCUACCGAGACCGCUUGGCAGAGACACUUCGUCUUGCGGUGGCAAAAUGGCCGGAAAGAUUGGAAGCCAGAGGGUGGGAUCCGCGCUUUGUCAAGGAAGAUAUGGCAGAUAUGGCAGCAAGUGCCGUUAUGGCAGGCCAGGGGAAUUCAGGAGAUGUUGUCAGAAUCGUGACUGAAAUAGCAGCGAUUUCAUCGGGCAGUCCAAUCUCAGACCUUGAUGAGACGGGAUUUUGGAGAGAUACAAUUCCCACAUCUUCUUCUCCAAUCCUUAACCCGAUGACCGUCAUCGCUCUUGUCAAGUGCUUUGUCUUGGAGUGGAGUGUUGACUUGAAUUACCAGAUGUACCACGAUUUCCCUUUAGAGAUGUACCUAGGAUGA